CCACUCCCUGUGUUUCUCUCCCUCUCUCCAACCACACCAAAGCUUCUUUGGGCUACUUUGCGCAUGUACGGCCAGUCAAACAAGCACUGCAUCGACUCCAAGAUGGCGAAAACACGUCUGGUUUGCCUCCUGACUCUCCUCUCAACUCACUGCUACUUCAGCACAUUGGCAGUGGUGUUAAAGACAAACAACGAAUCGCCAUGGACCAACGAGUUUGACAAAAUCGAGUUAUCCUGUUUGAUUGAGUCCAUUUCCACAACCAACCCCAGGAUCGAAUGGAAGAAGAUAACAAAUGAGGGUCCGAGUUACGUGUACUUUGACGGGCACAUCUCAGGAGACCUUGAAAACAGAGCGUUGAUCCGAGAACCGGCCACGCUACUGAUUACCAACGCCACAAGGUCGGACACAGCCAAGUACCGCUGCGAGGUCACCGCCGCCGACGACCAGAAGUCAGUAGAUGAGAUCGUGAUCGACCUCGUUGUGAGAGUGAAGCCGGUGGUGCCGAAAUGCAGCGUCCCAAAGUCGGUGCCUUUUGGGAAGUCGGCCGAGCUGAGCUGCAUGGAGGAGGAGGGCUUCCCCAAGUCCCAGUACCAGUGGUUCAAGAACAAGGAGGAGAUUCCUGACGACCCAAAGUCCAGCAUCAAAUUCUUCAACUCCUCGUACACGCUCAACGCAGACUCAGGGACUCUGAAGUUCAUCGCAGUCAGAAAAGAAGAUGCAGGCGAGUACUCGUGCCGAGCGAAGAACGAUGCAGGGUACUCUGAGUGUCCGCCGCAGCAGAUGGAAGUCUACGAUAUCGAUGUUGUGGGGAUUAUACUGGGAGUGCUGGUGGUGGUCGUGGUGCUCGUAUGUAUGACCGCAGGGAUCUGCUGUGCGUACAAGCGAGGCUACUUCUCGAGCCAGAAACCGACGGGAAACAAUUACAAAGUUCCAGCUAAAGGAGAUGGAGUGGACUACGUCAGGACAGAGGAUGAGGGAGAUUUCCGACACAAGUCGUCAUUUGUGAUCUGAGGAGGGACGGACGAGGGGUCUCUGUGCAGAGCGGGGGGACGUGGCCUGUGGGGACCCUGCGAGGAGCCGCCACAGUCCACACGCCCUGAGCCCUCGACGCGACCCAAAAUCUCAAGUUUGCCAAAGGUGAUGGGAUUUCAUGGAACUUUAGACUACACAACGUAGGAGACUGAGACCGUCGACUCUUUACUGCCACCAACCCAAUUCUUUUGCUCAAUUAUGGAGUUCUUGCUUUACAGCUGUUGCAUGGUUUGAAAAACACAGAACGAGGUGGAGGAAGCGAUUCUUUGUUCUGCCAGGUAGAAAAGGAGGAGCGUCUUCCCUCCCGAGUCAAUCCAUCAUCACACCUUUCUACUUUUGCUUCGAAGCCCUCUCGUCAUUUGUAUAACCUUUCUUUUUCUACUAUUGAAAUUUGUCAGACUAUUUUUGAUGGAAUAUAUUUUAAAAAUGCCUAUAGAUAAAGGUUUACUUUUUUAAAUAUUUGUAAAAUACUAACAUGUAUUAUUAGUUUUUUUUUGUUUUUUUGUUUUUGGUCGUGGAUGAAACAAGUAUGUAACACUUUAACCACAUCAGACUGGACAAAAAAGACUUGAAUCUGCAUAUCGCGAUGGCGUUCUCGAUCAGCGGUCUUACAUAUUUAAUUUCCCGCCCGCUUUUUGACUCCUCCAUGUUCAUGUUUGUAGAUAGUCUUAGUAAGAGGCUUUGAAGUGUGCCAGUCCAAUGCUGUGAAACACUGCACACAAUCAGUGCUGCAUUUUCUUGAUUUUAAGUGUCCUUCUAUGCUUGCUGUUGAUCUUGUAUAUAUUGAAUUUACUGUCCAGGUUUUGUUGUCAUGUGUUUGUCAGUAUUACACCAUAAUAAUUAUGUUAAUAAUAAUAAUACAGGGUUUGUCGCUUAACCUUCCAGACCCCAAAGAAAGGAAGUUCUAAUACUAGAUGUGCUACUGUGAUGUUUUACUGGGUGAAAUCCCUCGAUUUGAUUUCUGAAUGGAAACAAAUUGGACCAAGGACAGAGACUUUAUUUUGAUGACAGUUUAAGUUGCAUUCAGUCAACGCACCAAGAACAUCAGUGGAAAUGUGACUGUACCGUGCAUUCACAGACUGCUGCGUCAGGUGCCCAAUCUGACCGUGUCCAAUCGGUUUCAAAGCGUUUUUUUUUUUUUCUAAUAUUUGUGCAAAUAGAGAGUAGACCAGAUUCUAACAGAUGUUGUUUUAGUUGAUCUGACCCGCCAGUGAUAAACAGCUGGGGUCUGGAGGGUUAAUAGUUGUACUGAUUGUAUAUAGAGAUUUCUCUUUCCCUCUGACAAUUCUAAAUGUCCUAUUUGAGGCAAUAUGAAACUCUUCCAUGUGUAAGGUAACAUAAAAGGUAACAUUUUAUCAUAUCAUGCAUAGCACAUAUAUGGAAGCAUAAGAGGCAAGUGAGAAUCAUUUUUUAUCAUUUGUUAGUUACUUUGGUUUAACAGAAGAAGAAAAAAUGCUUGGUUUAAAAAAAAUAGAAGAAUAGAAUAGUUUUCACUGAAAAAACCUAGAAAAGGGACCCUGGCAGAACCUUUUUUUUGUCUAUUCUUCAGUCAUUAACAGAGGUGAGAAACCAAUUUACAUGACUACGACUAUACUAUAAAAUGGAUUCCCAGAAUUAUUAUUUUCUCACUGGCCCCACAAGGCUUCCAUACAUGAACAAGAGCUUCUGUUCCGCCUUGAUUCGACCCUUGUGGCCAUAUUCUUGUUGUAAUUCUUGAAGGCUUCAACAGAAAUCAAACAAACAAACCUGAUUUGUUUUAGACUUCCAUGCAGCUCACUGACCACUUGUUCAGCUGUUAUGAAGUAAGAACUGUGGUAAAAUGUUAACCGAGUACCAGUCAUGGGAGGGACGAUCUGCCCAACAUUUGCAUAGAGGAAGAAGAGCCACUGCUUUUUCCGAGUUGCAUUAAUGAAUCCAUUUACGGUUACAUUACUGCUCAUGGUUACAAGUCACGUAGCGCGCCGGCGCAUACGUUUCCCCACCUCCAGUUUUUCGUUCCAAAUUUCGUUCCUCUUAAGUGCCUUCUGCCGGACGAGUAGUACGAUUUCUCCACAGCGGUGCUCCACCUCCCCCCCGCCCCCUUCCCGUGUGAGUGGCUAUAUGAUGCUGUCAGAAGCGCCAUGUUUUACAUCCAUUGAACCACCAGCGCGGCGUUUGAGAGGAAUGAUGACACCGUAAAUUUCCCCCCUCCUAUCUUUUACAUAUGUAUCUGAAAAUGUGUAAAUAGCCUUUUUUUUAUAGAUUUGAAGGACAUGUUGAAGUAGAAAUAGAAAUAUAUUAGUGCCUAAAUAUAGUGGGAUUAUUUUUGGUAGAGACACACAGCACUAUUAGGCAAAAAGAAAAAUUGGACACCCAUUGGCAUGCGAGUUCCGGGUUCUAACGCGUUUUAAAGACUCACUGUGACUCAUUGCUUGCAGCAAUGAACACGAUGUCCAAACUGAGUAUUCACUCAGUAUUCAUGAAAAGUGCCAUGCAGCCGCAACGGAGCUCUCAUUAUUCCGCUGGUUGGGAGCAUUUUUACAUAAAGCCGAGCUCAAGCAAAGCGUAGGCCGCAACAACUAACAGGACUUGCAGCUUCACGUAGGCGCACAUCCACCCCACAGGCGGCCCCUCAAACAGGGCAAGGACGGGAACUACGUCGACGUGAUGGAGAGAGACUGCUCACAGUCUGUGUGUCAAACCGAGUUCUCUCACAGUGUUUGAACUCCAAGAUGGCAGCGUUCCACUGAUCCAACACUGGGGAAACUGUAAUCAACUGAGGACUUGGUACAACGUGCAAGAAGGCGGGAUGCUCUGAACCAAGCUCACAUAGAGUAGAAUGUCCAUCUGGGGCCUGCUGAGGGGUUGUUUGUGUUCUUUUCAGAACCACUUUAUUUGUGAUUAAUAAAAACUCACUUCUAACAUUA